AUGACGGAUGAGAGUGCAGAGGAGAGCGAAGGUGAGUGGAAAAAGAGCAAGGAGAACAAGAAGAAGGCCAAGGACAUGACUGAUGAAAGUGCAGAGGAGAGCGAAGGUGAGAGGAAAAAGAGCAAGGAGAAGAAGAAGAAGGCGAAGGAAAUUACUGAUGAAAGUGGAGAGGAGAGCGAAGGUGAGAGGAAAAAGAGCAAGAAGAAGAAGAAGAAGAAGAAGAAGAAGAAGAAUAAGAAACCGGCAACAGAGGUUGAGGAUGAUAACAAUAUGGUUGGUGGUGAAGAGCGAGAUGCGGAUUCCGACACCCCUCUUGCAGAAAUCUUGAGGAAAGAGAGAGACCUGAAUAAUAAGAAGAAAAUGAAUGAGAAGAAGUUAUUUAUCGUCGAGGACAGUGAUGUGGAGAUGAAACAAAUUCUUCUAGCGUUGGCAUCUCAAGUGGGAAAAAUGGACACCAAUGUUACAGCCCGAAUGAGUGGAUUGGAAGCUAGGAUGACUAAGCUCGAGGAGGCUAAAAAGGUGCCGCAGGCGGAGGGAGUAAGGGCCGAGGAGAAAGCAGAUUCCGUAGGAUCUGCAAUCAAAAAUGCAACCCCAACAGCGAAAGCACCUGCAAAACCAAAACCUCCUCCUAAAACCAAAAACGGUUCCGGUGACAAAGAUCCGUCAUGGAUGGUGGAGCAAGACGCGACCUACGACCCAGCUGUUACAGUUGCUAGGGUGGUUAGAACUCAAACCCCGACGUCCAAUUCGAAGACCAAACCACAUCUUAAAAGCCGAACGACUGGGAACAACAAAGAGUGUGUCGAAAUACCUCCUCCUCCUCCGAAGCAACCACGAAAGCCUACACUCCCUCCCCAAAAGCCAAGAAAACUGGUGGAUCCGCCUUCACGAGAUCCACUUCAGCCUUCAUCUUCUUUUUCAUCUCUGUCAGACCCGGUGGAAAAUGCUAUGCAUAAAGCAUUUAAGGCUAAUUUAAACAAGGUGGUAGAGUUUGUAAGCAAGGAUGAUGUCUACGAGGAGAAUGCCCAUGGACUAAGAAAGGCACGCAAUCUUGCUCCCAGCCAAAGGUCUCCUUUUGUUGGCAGUUCUGCGGUGAAACGCAUAAUGUUUGGUGUUUUUGCUGGAGAAGGACAAUACGAUCUGUUCCAAGAAGUUGAGCGAAGUAAAUAUUCAGCUUUGUUAGACUUUAUAACUCCAGAACUGGAUAAUGCUGUUGGUGACACUGACCCAAUAAUAGAGUUCUUCCUUCAAAUGAUGACUGCUAAAGCCGACUGGCCUAUUUUGGAAUAUAGCUAG